AUGAAGGUAUCAUUUGCAUGUCUGGUCGGUGCCGCACUCAAUGCCGGGUUUGCCCUGGCGAGCGGCCGGUCCUGGCAGCCCGCCAAACCCGCAACCGCAGCCGUGGGCAAGCGGUCCUACGUCAUUAACACGGACCGCACCGAAGGCGACCGGAUGCCGUGGCCCAACCGCAAGAUUCGCUACUGCUACGAGAAUGACGAGGCACAAGAUGCCCUGGAGACAAUUCUCCGCGCCGGCCUGGAUAUAUGGCGAAACGUGGGACUCGGCAGCGAGUUCACCAUGGUCCAGAUCGACCGCGAUGAAUGCAGGGAGAAGCGCUGGGACACGCUGAUGAUUUACUGGAGCGGCGACAACGGCGGAAUGGCGACAUUCGCGGGCCUCCCCAGGGAGGAUUCCCCGUAUCGCGAGACGAAAAACCCCGAGGCCCGCGCCCGGAUGAUCCUCACCACCAGCACCAGCAUGGGCAUGCUGGACCAGCAGAAGAACUUUGCCCACGAGAUCGGUCACGCCUGGGGCCUGUAUCACGAGCAUCAGAACCCGGCGUUUUGGAGCAAGCCAAGUAUCGUCAACGGCCGCGGGGGCACGGUGUUCGGCCCGGAAAACGACGGCAACUGGCGCUGUGAGAACUUGAAGGACUAUGAGGUCAAAGUCCACCGCGGACUCAUCGUGCAGAACCCGGGCAAGCCGGCUGGCGACAGGGUAACGGGCGAUUUGCUGUGCAAGGACCAAGUUUAUGCGAGCAAUUCCGACUUCAGCGCUGGUGACUAUCUCCCGAUGCCCAAGGACGUGGGCUCGGCGGACACCGAGGGCAUGGACGGGGAGAGUGUCGACUGGGGCUCGAUCAUGAUUUACCCUUCGGGCGCCGGCGGCCGAGGCGAUGCGAGUCCCGGCAAUGACCAGCGUCUGCCAAUCUUGCUUGACCACAACGGCGACCCAAUUAAGAUCAGCGAGGGCCCUACCCAGCGCGACAUUGCGGCCAUGCAUAAGCUGUACGGUCGCAGUAAGAGUGCGGUCACGAAAGACUUGCUGCAGAAGGCGGGCGGGAAGGUGACCGAGGGGUUCAAGAAGAUAUACCCUAAGAGCCAGGGCAAUAGCGGUGGUUCAGCCUGCCUGUAG